AGCCUCCCCUGAAGGCGCAGCCGGCUGGCAGGACCGGUGCGUGCCCGUCUGAUGUCACAAUGAGGCGCAGGCCACGGCCUCUCUCCCGCCCCUUUAUGGCGCCUGCUUCCGUUCGGUUACCUAGGAGAAGGAUACACACCGCAGGCCAAACUGAAAAGGCUGUGGGGAAAGGGAACAACGGGGCCCAGGCUGCAGAGCCCGAGUUACAAAUUGGAGCUGGCGGUGCCGCCUAUUCUCGGGUUUUUGUGUGAAGAGACAACGGAGGAAAGAAAGGCUCCUUAAAACUGCGGGGAAAUCAGGGCGCAGUCCAAGCCGAGGUACCCCCUUACGGACGCUUCUGAGGUUCUUAUAAGUGUGUGACCAGCAACAACUAUGAGUCAAAGACAGGUCUUGCAAGUCUUUGAACAGUAUCAGAGAGCCCGCACACAGUUUGUUCAGACUGUUGCAGAACUUGCUACUAGGCCACAAAAUAUUGAGACCCUCCAGAAUGCAGGUGUAAUGGCUCUGCUGAGGCCGCUCCUAUUGGAUGUGGUUCCAAAUAUUCAACAGACAGCUGCUUUGGCCCUUGGGAGACUUGCCAAUUAUAACGAUGACCUGGCAGAAGCUGUAGUUAAGGGUGAUAUUCUUCCACAGCUCGUGUAUUCAUUGGCUGAACAGAAUCGAUUUUACAAGAAAGCAGCUGCAUUUGUAUUGCGAGCAGUUGGGAAACAUUCUCCUCAGCUAGCCCAGGCAAUAGUUGAUUGUGGAGCACUAGAUACGUUGGUUAUCUGCUUGGAGGAUUUUGACCCAGGAGUAAAGGAAGCCGCAUCCUGGGCCCUUGGCUAUAUAGCAAGACACAAUGCAGAACUGUCACAGGCUGUGGUGGAUGCUGGAGCCAUUCCCCUCUUAGUACUGUGUAUCCAGGAGCCAGAGAUUGCUUUGAGAAGGAUUGCUGCUUCUGCGCUUAGUGAUGUUUCAAAGCAUUCUCCCGAGUUAGCACAGACGGUUGUGGAUGCGGGGGCAAUUGCUCACUUGGCUCAGAUGAUCCUCAACCCCGAUGCCAAACUGAAGCGUCAGGUGCUCUCAGCUCUCAGCCAGAUAGCAAAGCAUUCUGUGGAUCUGGCAGAAAUGGUGGUUGAAGCAGAAAUUUUCCCUGUUGUACUCACAUGCCUGAAGGACUCAGAUGAAUAUGUCAAGAAAAAUGCUGCAACUCUAAUUAGAGAGAUAGCAAGGCAUACGCCUGAGCUUUCACAACUUAUAGUGAAUGCAGGGGGAGUUGCUGCUGUCAUUGAUUGUGUUGGUAGCUGCAAAGGAAAUGUUAGACUUCCUGGUAUCAUGAUGCUGGGCUAUGUGGCAGCUCAUUCGGAGAACCUGGCCAUGGCGGUGAUCAUUUCCAAGGGUGUUCCACAGCUGGCGGUGUGCUUGUCAGAGGAGCCAGAAGAUCAUAUUAAGGCAGCAGCUGCUUGGUCUUUGGGACAGAUUGGGAGACAUACUCCAGAACAUGCCCGUGCUGUUGCAGUAGCAAAUGUGUUACCUGUUUUGCUUUCCCUGUACAUGGCAACUGAAAGUUCAGAAGAUCUUCAAGUCAAAACUAAGAAAGCUUUAAAGAACAUCCUACAGAAGUGCACUCAUCUGCCAGCACUUGAACCUUUGUUGCAUGAUGCUCCUCCCAACAUCCUGAAGCACAUAGUCGGCCAGUUCAGUAAGGUUCUGCCACAUGAUUCCAAAGCCCGGCGCCUUUUUGUAAUAAGUGGCGGCCUUAAAAAGGUUCAAGAGAUAAAAGCAGAGGCUGGGUCACUUCUUCAAGACUACAUCAACACAAUUAACAAUUGUUAUCCAGAGGAAAUAGUCAGAUAUUAUUCCCCUGGAUAUUCUGAAGCACUUCUGGAAAGGGUAGAAAAUUAUCAGCCAGUUCUUUAAACUCUUCAUCAUUUGUGAUAGAGGGGGAAAAAUACUCUAUUUCCUGUCUGUGUUUUUUGAGUGGCAAGCAAAUAUAGUUCUAGUCUGGGAGAUAUUUAACCUUCUGUACUGUUCUGUUCCCAAUCAAUUAUGACAGCAGGCAUACCCUUUCCACCUUCAAUCCACACCUGGUUUUCUGGAAGCUCAUCCUAAGAACAAAGGCUGUCAUGCACUUAUUUUAAGAGGUCUGCAGUUCUUGAAGGCCUGAGGACAAAGGAGGCCAGCACACUUUCUGGAUAUACCUGUGGUCUUCAAAGCAGUUUGCCCAGUUGGGUCCUUGAGACAAAAAGGGAGCUGUUUCAGCAGAUAAGAAUAUUACUAUUGUGAGAGGAUUGCAGUCUCAUCCAGUAAGCACGGGAACUUCAAAGCCUCCAUACAUUUCAGCAGAGCUUGCAGAGAGGUACCCAAUCCAAGCAGGAAUUUCCUUCAGAUGAGCCAACAUGUGACAAACAACUCUCCCCCGCCCCCACUUCUUGAUUGAUCCUGGUACCGUCUCCACCUCAACACUCUUUCCUUGGAAUCUUGAAAAACUAACAUGUGACUGGCAAAUUGACCUUUUAACAUCCAGGCUUUUGAUGGUACAGUUUCAUCUCUAAGUUUUAGGAGUGGAUUUCAAAAGAACUGUUAUUUAGGUAAAAAGUAUUUGGAAGAAUUGGUUGUAAAUAUGCAUGGGACUGAAUUUUGCUUGAAGAUUUGUCAGCACUUCUGGUCUCUCCACCUCUGGAGAGAAAAUGCUUAAAAUAAGAUACAAAAUCGCACCCUGACUAUCUCCCAAUUACUCAACCUGAUAGCAUCAGAUACUAUAAAAUAAAUUGGCAUGCAAUGUCAAACAGAAAUGUGUAUGACAAUUUUAU